UUUUCCAGUGGUCCCCGGGCACUCGGAAGGAGGGGGACCGUGUGCCGCGGAUAGAUGCUCUACCAGUAGCAAAUGAUCAUGGGAGCUCCGGGCGUUUAUUCCAGAGGGCUGCUGAUUCUUCUCCUGGUACCCCUGUUGCUUGGCAGAUGGUCAGGUGCUGAAGGGCAGAAGGUGGAGGUGUUGCAGUCACCGGGAUCCCUGUCAGUGUCGGCUGGAGAGAACCUCACUCUGACUUGCACAUUAAAAGGGGUUUAUCUACCAGGAGGCGUGAGAUGGCACAAGGGCUCAGACAGGCGUCAGCCAACCAUUUAUAGUCAAAAAGAAGCCUUUUCCUCCCGGGUGAUCAGAGUUGUCCCUGGAUCAAGCACAGACUUCACCAUCAGCAUCACAGACAUCCGGCCUGAGGAUGCCGGGACCUAUUACUGCGUGAAGUACAGAGCAAGAGCCACCGGGGAGACGGAAGAAGCCUCUGGGGAGGGCACGGUGGUCUCUGUGAUUGCCUCCCCGUCCAAGCCAAUCAUCAAUGCCCCCCUCAGCAGAGUGGCACCGGGGACCACGGUUACCUUCAACUGCAGCACAGGUGGAUUCUCCCCCCGUGACAUCGCAGUCACCUGGUUAAAGGGCACGAACGUAAUCCAAGCCUCAGAGACGGUCAUUCUGCCCCAAGACGGGAAGAACUCCUACCGGGCCGAGAGCUCUGUGCAAGUGCAGCUCACCAGAGAGGAUGUGAUGACCCAGCUCACCUGCCGGAUCAAGCACAAGACUGUUCAGGGCGUCCUGGAGGAACGUUUUAGUCUUGCCGACGUCCUAAGAGUUCCACCCAAAGUGGUCGUGAAAACCAACCCGACUUCCCCUGUCAUGUUGAAUGCGAACGUGACCAUCACCUGCGACGUGCUGGGAUUCUAUCCAAACGAUACGAGCUUGGACUUCUUUGACAAUAACAACAAAAGCGAAACAAGAAAGGCUUACCCGUUGACCCAGAAUCGGGAUGGGACGUUCUCCCUCAACGGCAUCCUGGAGGUGACAGCAACCGAAGAGAGGAACCAGUCGGUAUUUACCUGCCUGGUCAGGCAUAAUUCUCAGCCUCCCGUUAAUGAGACCGUAAUUCUUACAAUCAAAGCACAGAUUGGAGAUAACGGAAGUUCCAGUAAUCUUGGAGAUAGCGAUACGAGAAUGUUCAUCAUAGUGGCGGUAGUUUGCGUGCUCCUCGUUCUGUUGGUGAUAGCCGUCAUCUACUUGAUCCAUGCGAGACACAACAAGGAUAAAGACCCCACAUCUGUAAGGCUACAUGAAUCUGAGAAGGGUUCUGGGGGGACAAAUCAGGAUCCCGAUCCCAACAACGUCACGUACGCAGAUCUCAACUUUGACAAGGCCCCCAAGAAGAGCCCCCGCCAGGUGGUGGAAACCAGCCAGCAGUCCGAGUACGCCAGCAUCCAGACGGCCAAACCGGCUGCCAACGACGACAACGUCACCUAUGCAGAUUUGGACAUGGUGCACCUGAGCAAAGCCCCCAAGAGACCCGCGCCGCAGCCCGAGGAGGCCACUUCGGAAUACGCCAGCGUGCAGGUGCAGAGCAAAUGAUCUACGGCCCCCGUCGCCGGCUGUCUGUGGCUUGCCGGCCCUCGUGCGGGGUCGUCCGAGACCUCCUUGCUGGGCUGGGAUUCUCGGUCUUGUCUCCAUGCUGGGUCUCAAUGGAGUCGCCGUGGGAUUUGCCUGCCAAGCGGCGGUUCCUGCAACUUCUUUGAGCGGAACUUACUGUAUGCAGCCAAGGUCCAGGAGGAAACGAAUCGGUGCUACACAGAAAUUGCAUCCUGGUAUUUGGGCUAGUUCAUUGUGCCUCUUCCUUCCCCGUUUACCUUGUGGAUGGGAGAAGCCUAGACCAACUAAGGAUCUAACACCGCUUUUAUCACUGGAACAUG